GCGCGCAGCUUCCUCAGCCUGCCACUUGAGCCGGGAAGCCUGCCUGCCACUCGCUCGCCGAAGCGGCUCCGCUGCCCAUCGCUGCCGGGAAGGGAGGGGAAAACAAAUAUUGAAUCAGAAGAUCUUGUGAUAUUCUUCAGGAAGAUUGCUUCGGAGAGGACAGUUUGGACAAAGAAACGUUUGAUAUCUGAACACUGGAUAUAUCAGAAGUCAUGUCGGACUGGCUUCUAAUUGGACUGUUUGUGGCAAUGGUGCUGCUUCUGUUGCUGACGAUCUUCGGCUUUGCUGUUUAUUCGGGACUGUUUACAGAAGUAAUUGUGAAUGCUGGUUUGCCCCCCAUUGGCAACAUCACUGUGGCAUACAAGUUCCAGGUGGGGCCUUAUGGUGACUCUGGAAGGUUUUUUACAGAGAGCUGCAGUGUCUCUCCAAGGCUGUCUUCUAUCGCUAUCUACUAUGACAACCCUCACACGGUGGAUCCAGAGAAAUGUCGCUAUGCUGUAGGUAGCGUCCUGAGUGAAGGAGAAGACAAGCCAUCUGAGGCAGUGAUCCGCAUGUUUCUGAAGUAUGGCUUCAAGAUUAUCAACUUCCCAGCUCCUAGUCAUGUAGUCACGGCAACCUUCCCUUAUACAACUCCACUAUCCAUCCAUCUGGCAGUGAACCGUGUCCAUUCAAGUCUUGAUGUAUACAUCAAGGACCGGAAACUAUGCGCCCAUCCUAGACUGGAGAUCUACAAAGGAAAUAAAAUCUAUUUUAUAUGCCCCCUUGCACGUCAAGGGGACUUCUACGUGCCUGAAAUGAAAGAGUUGGAGAAGAAAAACAGAGCAGCCGCAGCAGCGGUAGAAACUGAUGAUGAUCAAACAGAUAUUACAGGUGUGGACACCAUGAGUGAGACAAGUUCCGUCAGCGUUGAAGCUACAACUGACAUCAGUGAGACUUCGGUGGCUACCUCCAUCUUAUCUCCUUUUGCAUCUGGCCACAGUCGAGAUGAGGCAGACAAUCGCAGUGAGCAUAGCUACAGUGAAUCGGGGGCCAGUGGUUCCUCCUUUGAAGAAUUGGACAUGGAAGGCAAUGGUGACGGAAUGGCAGGUCUGUUAUGUGACCUUGGUUCUGCAGAAGACCGAGACCCCACCCAAGUCAAGUGGACCAAGGAGCCUCUCGCCCCAGAAGAAAAAAGGGGCGAAGAAUAAAGAUAUGUUUACUUACGUUUUAGGGACUGAAAAGAGAAACUGAUAAUAGUUCUUGAUUCUUUUCCGUCCAGUCCAAAAAAAAUUGGUUACUGAUCCAUGUUGAGAGCUUGCUACAUUUUGUCUGCAAACAAAUAUUUGGAGAGUAAUAUAAAGGAGAGGAAAUUAUAUUCAGUAGAACAAUGAAUAUAAUCACAUUUUAUACCCAGACUUAAGGAAGUGUGCUGCAAUAGGAAAUUGAAAGUGAGAGGGGAUGUAGUGUUGGUGGUGAGUUCUGUUUGAACCAGUAAAUAUAAGAUUUUACAUAGACUACCCCUGGACUUGGCAUCUGUUAAAUUCUUCCUGCAUUCUAUCUUGUUUGAUUUCCAAUUGGCUGCUUUUCUGUAACAUGCACACUCAAUUUGUUGCUGUAUCAAUUAAGACCAAAGAACUGUAGCACUUAUUAUUGAAAGAGACUAGUGCACACUUUCUUACAUGUUUCUAUCAUAAAUGCAGCAUAUGAAUUCUUAUUAUAAUACAAUAGUGCCCUUGGAAAGGUAGUGGAUUAUGUGCAGGUUAGUGUAAUCCCAAUUAGUCACGUGUUUCUGCUCCAUUUCCCUCUGUUAUUGGUGCCGUUUCUUUCUCUUUUGGGUUUCCAUGGUAUAAAUAAACCAAGUCCUUGAUAGUUACAUUUAAUAUUUUGGGAACCAUAUUCCUUCUCUAGUUUCCUAUGUGAAAGUGUCCAUCAGAAAGAAAAAUCCAUCGCUGUUAGUAUUAAUGGUGCCCUUUUUCUGCAGUCUUGGGAAGCAGGCUGUUUGAGAAUGAGGAAUUGCAAAGUAAGCCAGUGAUCAGUAGAUGACCCAGUUGCCUGUGCCACUACCAUUCCUUCACUCCUGUGGUGUGGUAGCAACUGAAUGUAGGAAAAGAUCGAUCUGUUCCGUGCUGUUCAGAAGACUCAGGUACUAUAGUAACCACAGAGAAUUUGAGCCAGUGUGCGAAGCACAGCUGAAAGUUAUUAUAUAUUAUGACUUGGUGAAGUUGAGUUCUUCCAACAUGAUUCCAAAGCACCUCUUACAUUAGGAUGAAAUGACAGUGUUUAAUCAUUUUGCACUGGCAAUAGUUUUGAAUGUUUGGUCAGAACAAAGAGGUCUCCAUAAAGAUGGUAUUCUGAAGUAUUGAACCAAAUGCGUCACUUCUGAAUCUCUAGUGAAAGCUCUUUUACUGAGGAAUCAAUAGUUGAGAAAUGUGGCAAUAGUUGGAAUCCCCACAGUUUCAUUGUUGUAGCUUGAGGAAGCAUUGAGACAGCAGAGUUGAAGAAAAUAUCAAUAUCUGUGUACUAGGGAUAAAGUAUUGAAAUAUUUUGCUCCUCUUCAGCGUUCUUGGUUCUCUUGAUUGCAUCCUCUUACUAGAGAUUGAUGGUUCACUCUCUUUCUUAAUGGAUUUUUGUCCACACAGUAGGUAGGGGAGUUCAAAAUUUAGCCACCUUCAGACCUGCCUUGCUCUGAGCAUUGACAGCCUGGGAGGGUCAUUCAUGGAAUGCAGUGUUACAAUCUUUUUGAGUUUUGUGGUCCAUAAGGCCAUUUAGUCCCCUUUCCCCCAACAAUCACAACUGAUUCCUUCUUUUGUGCUGUGUUGUUUCUAAAGUCUCAAUUCCCAGUUUAGUUUUUUAUUUCCUGAUGCUUAAAUCUACAUUCAUAUGCUCCGAAUUUUGAUUUAAUUUAACAAACCAAAUCAAUACUGUGCAUCAGAAGCUUGGAGUGUAACAUGGAAUUAUUUGAAUGAAAAUCUUCCAACUGUCUCAUUUUAGCUUUAUUUGUGCAGGGCUCCUAUGCAUUCCCAUUUCCUCAGACAUGCUUGAAUAUCUAGUGCUUAUAUGCCUGUUCAUGUCUGUAGCUCUAGCCAAACUUUUGUGCUCCCAAUUAAGGCUAAAUUAGACAUUAGACAACAUCAUUAAUGCAAUUGCUGUGUCAAACACUAUCAAACAACAGGGGUACAGUGAAAUGAGGAGACAGCAUAUAGUUAUUAGUAUGCUAUGUUCUAUCCCCAGAGUUUAUUUGUUAUGAUAACCUUCCUUCCUUCCUUCCCUCCCUCCCUCCCUCCCUCCCUCCCUCCCUCCGUCAAUACAGUAUAUCAGUAUCAAAAGUAUUUUACUGGAUUAUGAUGUUUCAUUUAGGUAUGUGCAAACAUUGUGUUUCCAGCAUCUUCUUUUGCUCCUCUGGAUCAUGCCAAUCUGGACAUUCUAGAAUUUUUGGUUCCACAACUUUCUGGUUGUAAAUCUUCA